UGAUAAUGCUGAUAAUUUUUCUGUUUAUGAUAAGCUGGUAGAGAAUGAUAAAACUGUAAAUAUUGUAAAAAGGUUGCAAGAAGCAGCAAAAAAAUAUUAUCAAGAACAUAUCUAUCAUAAAGAACACAGACUGUGUUAUAUUGGUAAUUCAAACUGCACUAAAAGAAGAAAGAAUCAGCAACAGCGUGAAGCAGCAAAGAAUAUUAAUGUAGAAAUAGAUGAUAGUACUAGUGAGCAGUUGGAUGAUGAAAUUGAGGAUUAUAAUUGGCAUAAUAGGAUCUUGACUGAUUUCAAAAAUCUGAAAUUAGAUAUCAAAAAAGAAAAUACAAAUAGUGAGAUUUGA